AUGGCCACACAGUACCAGCAGUACGGCAUCACCCCCGGCCAGUCCGCCGAGGCCCCCAAGCGUCCCCAUCUCUACGUCGGAAACCUCUCCCCCCGCGUCACCGACUACAUGCUCACAGAGAUCUUUGCCGUCGCCGGCUCCGUCGCCAGUGCAAAGAUCAUUCAGGACAGAAACUUCCAGCACGGUGGCUUCAACUAUGGUUUCGUCGAGUACGCCGACAUGCGUUCCGCCGAACAGGCGCUCACCACCUUGAACGGACGCAAGAUCUUUGACUCUGAGAUCAGGGUCAACUGGGCGUACCAGGGCAACCAGAACAAGGAGGACACACAGCACCACUUCCAUGUGUUUGUGGGCGACUUGAGCCCCGAAGUCAACGACGAUGUCUUGUCCAAGGCCUUUGGUGCGUUCGGCAGCAUGAGCGAGGCGCGUGUUAUGUGGGACAUGAACUCGGGAAAGAGCAGGGGUUAUGGCUUCCUUUCAUUCCGUGAUAAAGCCGACGCCGAGCAGGCUAUUGCGAGCAUGAACGGCGAAUGGCUCGGUUCUCGUGCCAUCAGGGUCAACUGGGCCAACCAAAAGACCCAGACCGGUGGCGCGCGAACUGGCACUCCCGGCUCUACGCCCAUGGGCAUGCCUCCUAUGGGCAUGGGUCAGGGUAUGCCUCCCCCUGCUGCUGCCCCCAUGCCUACCGCACCGGUGUACGCUGCUCCCCCCUCCGCCCCCCUUUCGUACGAAUCUGUCGCCUCCCAAACCCCCGAGUUCAACUCUACCGUUUACGUCGGCAAUUUGAUCCCCUACACCACCCAGCAGGACCUGAUCCCUGUUUUCCAGGGCUAUGGCUAUAUCGUCGAGAUCAGGAUGCAGGCUGACAGGGGUUUCGCCUUUGUCAAGCUCGAUACCCACCAGAAUGCUGCCAUGGCCAUCACUCACUUGCAGAACCAGCUCGUGCACGGCAGGCCCAUCAAGUGCUCCUGGGGCAAGGACAAGGGGUCUAUGGAGCCUACCGCUGUCCCUGCUGCUGGCUACCCUCCCAUUCAACCUCAGAUGAGCUACCCUGGCUACAACAACUACUACGGCGGCUACAACUACCAGCAAGCUGGUGUCCCUGGUCAGCCUGGACAGGCCGGCAUGGCCGCUCCCCCUCAAGGUGGGGCACCCGUGCCCCAGGUCCCUGGUGCUGCUGGCCAAGCCGAUGGGCAAAUUUCCCAGCAAGGCGCUUGGGAUCCCGCUGCUGCCGCUGCCUACUACCAGGCUGGCGGAUGGGGCGGUUACUACGGUGCGUUGGAAUGA